AUGGCGUCGGGAAUGCUCGUUCCAGCAGCGAGGAAAGUGAUUCCCAUCACGCUGUCUGGAAUUCGGAAUACAACCUCUCGAUCAUAUACUUUGUCCCCCCCUUACAUAUCUACUCACUUACUAAUUCAUUCUUUCUUUCUUUCUUUCUUUCUUUCUUUCUUUCUUUCUUUCUUUCUUUCUAUUUUUCUUUUAUCGUUCUUUCUUUCACCGCUUUCUUCCUUUCUUUCUUUCACCUCUUUCUGUCUUUCUUUCUUUCCAUCCUUCCAGAUAAGUAUCUUUUUCUUUGUCUUUCUUUCUUUCACCUCUUUCUUUCUUUCUUUCUUUCACCUCUUUCUUUCUUUCACUUCUUUCUUUCCACUUCGUUCUUUCUUUCUUUCUUUCUUUCUUUCUUUCUUUAACAUUUUUCUUUCUUUCUUUUACUUUCUUUUCUUUCAAUCUUUCUUUCUUUUUCUCUUUCUUUUAUUUCUUUCUUUUCAACUUUCUUUCAGUCUUUUUUUUACUUUUUUUUCUUUAAAACUUUCUUUUUACGUUUCUUUCUUUCUUUCUUUCUUUCUUUCUUACACUUUUGUUUCUUCCUUUCACCUCUUUCUUUCUUUCAAAAAUAAACUGAUUCUUAGUUUCUUCUUCUUCUUCUUCUUCUUCUUCUUCUCUAUCUAUUUAUUUCAGUAUUUUCAUAUCUAUCUAUCUAUCUAUCUAUCUAUCUAUCUAUCUAUCUAUCUUUUUAAAAAGCUUUUUAUCUAA